AUGUCGUUGUCUUCCAGUUCAAAGAAGCUAUGUCUUUUGGCUUUAAUCUUGCUUCCUGCAGUCUCUCCCUUAGCCAUCUUGACGGAAGCCACUCACAAUGAUGCGGAACACUUAGCACGGCAUACUUCUCUCUCGAAAAGGAAAAUCACUCAGCAAGACCGUACUUUCUACAAAUACGUGACCAGGCCAGACAUCGAUGCACCUGUCUUUCACGUGGAUGUUCACGACGAGCACGCUGUAGCACCCGGUUACUGGUUCGUGGCACCUUACGGACAACUGGGCCAAGACCGACCCGGCCCGCAGUGGGAUGGCCCGCAUAUCUACGAUGGCAAGGGCGAGCUUGUAUGGAGUGGCACGCCCAUGUUCGGAUACUGGAAUGUCUUCGACUUUGAAUCCAGGAUGGUCGAUGGCGAACGAAUGCUUACCCUGCUGAGUGACCACGAGAAGCAUGGAUUCAUACUCGACAGCUCGUACGAGGUCUACAAGACCGUCCCUCUCCUGGUUGAUCAAGCAGUCAAGCCGAACAUGCAUGAGUUCAACGUCUUCGAGAAUGGCACUCGCGCGCUGCUUCUCACCCAUGUCGAUGGUCUCACUCCUAAGGAGCAGUCGCAAGUGGUUGGCUAUGAUGGACCGUGCGAUGCGAAGUACCAAGGUUUCCGAGAGAUGGAUGUUGACUCUGUUGGGGCCGAGGAGGUGCUGUUUGAAUGGGAUGCCAGUCAUCAUAUUGGUCUGGACGAGGCGACGUACAAGAAAUACGACGGCUCAGUUGACCAGCAAUGCGCUAGAGGCUGGGAUAUCCUUCAUCUCAACUCGAUAACGAAAUUCCCGGACGGAGACUACCUGCUCUCAGCGCGGCACACUGACGCGCUCUAUAAGAUCUCGCACAAAGACGGCUCCAUAGUCUGGCGACUUGGAGGUGUCAAGUCGGACUUCAUCCAAGACGACUGGAAGUUCUCACGACAGCAUCAUGCCCAAGUUCUUUCGCAGAACGAAACGCACACAACCUUGAGCGUGUUCGACAACGGCAUUGGCGAUGGCCCGUUCGAAAAGGCCACUUCUAAGAAAGCCAGAGCGCUUGUUAUGCUGCUGGACACAGCCGAGAUGAAAGCAGAGAUUGUCAGAGAGUAUCGACAGCCGGGAGGUGAGCGUACCAACGCAAGAGGCAGCUUCCAGAUCCUACCAAACGGCAACGCCUUCAUCUGUUGGGCCUACCACUCCUACAUGACCGAGCACGCACCCGACGGAUCAGUCGUCAUGGAAGCUAGAAUCCCGAUUAAGCUGCGCUCAUACCGCGCCUUCAAACAUCCUUGGGUCGGGAGUCCCAGCCGGCCACCAGAUGUUCACGCGGAGGCAGUGGCUGUUGACGACCAUCUGGUCACUGUUAUCCAUGUGAGCUGGAAUGGCGAUACUAGGACGAGGAAAUGGGAGUUCAGCGAAGUCGACGAGGGAGGGGAUGUGAAGCACCUUGGAUCAGUCAGGCGGCAGGGUUUUGAGACGAGCUUCGAGUACAAGGCUCUUGCAAGGAGGGUUUUUGCUGAAGCUUUCGAUGGCGAUGGCACUAGUCUUGGGAAGUCGGGGGUGACGACUACUGUGCGGUCAUCGCCACUCAUCGAUGGUGGUUCAGAUUCUCAGAUCUCUGAGGAAGGGUAUGCAGCGCCGCCGGAGAAAGGCGUUGACCAGGACGAGGAACCACAACCAAGCCGUUCAUGGCCGUCCGACUUCCAGCAAGCGGGCACGACUUUCAUCGUCGGUGCCGUGUGUGGAAUUGCAGCCGCCGCUCUAGGCUGGACGGCAGUGCGAGUCUACCAACGACGCUGGGAUCGGGUUGUACAAAGAGGUUCGGAUGCGAAGUACAGGCCGCUGCAAGACGAUGACCCUGAUGAUUGA